UCACUUGUCUUGUCAGUGGGCAUGAAAUUAGGCUCGCAACGAGCAAAGAAGAAGAGUCGGAGAGAGAGAGAGAGAGAGAGAGAGCAGUGCUUUUUCAUGUUUUUGGUUGCCAAAAUACAAAAACGUCUGAGACUCAGUUCGAAUGCCUUUUUGACGCUUCAAAAACGCUUGCUUUCUUUGUGUAACACCAAAACCAGCGAAAGAAAAGUCCUUUUCCUUCUUCUGGGUCCCGUUUCUGUUUUUAGUGGUAGGAUUCAGAUCAGAUCCUGUAAUUCCGACUGACUCUAAUUCGUUGUUUAAACAGGUUCUGUUCCUUUUAGCGGGUCAUUUGGCUUUUGGGAUCAUUUGGAAGUACAAACUGGCGUAUGUUUCUUGAUUGGUGAAAACUUAUUGCAUAGUUUUUUUCACAGUGAAUGGUGGAUGGGGAUUCAGACAAUGGCAUCUCAAGGUAAUGGGCAGCAGUCUCAUUUUCAGCCAUCCCCGUUAACAAGGCAAAACUCAUGGUAUAGCCUGACUCUCGAUGAAGUUAAAAGUCAUCUGGGAGACAUUGGCAAACCUCUUGGAAGCAUGAAUCUCGAUGAGCUUCUUCAAAACAUAUGGACUACUGAGGCAAAUCAAUCUGCUGAGGUGAAAGUCGAGAACACUUCCUCUGCAAAUUCGCUCCAGCGGCAGGCCAGUCUAACGUUGGCUAGAGCAUUGAGUGGGAAGACUGUCGAUGAGGUAUGGAGAGAGAUCCAGCAUGGGCAGAAGAGGAGAUUUGGCGAGGAUAUGAAAGGUCAGAAUAGAGAGCUCACUCUUGGUGAAACAACCUUGGAGGAUUUCCUGGUACAGGCAGGCCUUUUUGCUGAAGCUUCUUUGAGUUCUGCAAUGGCACUAGAUUCAAUAGAUGCAGCCACCCCUCAGACUUAUCAGCAUACAUUUGGCUUGUCAUCAUCUCCUUCAAUUGGUGCGUUAUCAGACCCAACAACACCAGGACGGAAAAGAGAUGCAUCAGAUGCAUUGGAGAAGACUAUGGAGAGGAGGCUAAGAAGAAAGAUCAAGAACAGAGAAUCAGCUGCCCGUUCACGGGCAAGGAAACAGGCUUACCACAACGAGUUGGUGACCAAGGUUUCACGUCUUGAAGAGGAGAACAUAAAGCUCAAGAAAGAGAAGGCGAGGGAUUUUUCACUGCAUCUUUUGAAUUUGAGAAGAUGUUACCAUGUGAAUCCUCACCUGAACCGAAAUAUCAGCUUCGAAGAACAAGUUCGGCUUCUUUCUGAUUUCAACCGCACAGCAAAGUGUUUAUAGAUUUCCAAUUGUUGGGACAAAGUAUUUUGGCUUCCUGUUGGAGAUGCUUCGGACUUUCACCACCAAGUUGUGGUUCUUCCCGUGCACUAUUAGAGUUGUGUUUCAUGUACAUUUGUGGUUAACUAAUUUUUAAUAUAUAUACAGAAGCAAAAAGUGCCCUUGUUUAUAGAUUUUGGUUCUGCUUUGCUGGAAAACCAUUUUAGGAAAGAAUUGAGUGAUGUUCUAGGUUGGAAUGCACAUUGUUAAUAUUCUAAAUGGGAUAGCCUUCAUAUUACUAGUUUUGACCUA